ACGCAGCACAUGGCAAACCUUCCAGCUGAUCAUGUGACUCCAAGUCAACCACCUUUCACUAGUGUUGGAGUCGAUUAUUUUGGUCCCAUUAACAUCAAAAGAGGACGCAGUGAAGUGAAAAGAUAUGGAUGUCUGUUCACUUGCCUAACCACCAGGGCCAUUCAUUUGGAGGUCGCUCACACCUUAGACACAGAUUCUUUCAUAAAUGCUCUACAACGAUUCAUGGCUCGUCGGGGAACACCUCUACUAAUACGCUCAGACAACGGGAUGAACUUCGUUGGUGCUCGCCAUGAAUUACAGAAGGCUCUGGAUGAAUGGAACCAGCAAAAGAUUGAGAAACAUCUACUACAGCAAGAGACACAAUGGAAGUUUAAUCCCCCCACAGCUUCCCACAUGGGAGGUGUAUGGGAGAGACAAAUCCGUUCAGUGCGCUCAAUUCUCAUGAACCUUACCAGGCAACAGACUCUAGAUGAUGAAGGACUGAUGACAUUUUUUUGCAUUGUUGAGAAAAUUGUCAACGGAAGGCCACUAACAAAACUGUCUGAGGACCCAAGAGAUGGUCAGCCCUUGACCCCAAAUGAUUUGCUUCUGCUGAGACCUGAGUGUACUCUCCCCCCUGGUCACUUUGUGAAACAGGACCUUUACCGUCGGCGCUGGCGCCAGGUCCAGUAUUUGGCAGAUGUUUUCUGGUCACGAUGGGUGAAGGAAUACUUACCUGAUCUACAGCAAAGACAGAAGUGGUACCACCCUUCCAGGAACUAUAAGGUUGGUGAUCUUGUACUAAUCCUGCAUGAAUCCACACCUCGCAGCCAGUGGCCUCUUGGUUUGGUCACUGAUGUCAACAUUGGAACUGAUGGAUUGGUACGGUCAGUGCAAGUAAAGACUCUUACGGGUACUUAUACUCGCCCCAUACACAAACUUUGUUUGCUGGAAGGUAAUAUGGAUGAGUAGACUCUCGGACCUUCGGCAUGUGUUUUCCACAUAACUUCAUGUUCAAUAUUGUAGUAAACUUUCUGAC